AUGGAAGCCCAGAACAACAGGCACAAGAGGGAACGGGAGUUGGACACCGACAGCGAUACCAACUCUGAAUCAGAACAACUUCUGUACAACAUAAAACAAGAGUAUAAACGCAUGCAGAAGAGAAGACAUUUAGAAACUAGUUUCCAACAGACAGAUCCAUGUUGUACUUCUGAGGCACAACCACAUGCAUUUCUCCUCAGUGGACCAGCUUCACCAGGGACUUCAUCUGCAACAUCCUCACCAUUAAAAAAAGAACAACCCUUAUUUACUCUACGACAGGUUGGGAUGAUCUGUGAACGUUUGUUGAAAGAACGUGAAGAGAAAGUUCGAGAAGAGUAUGAAGAAAUAUUGAACACAAAACUUGCAGAACAAUAUGAUGCAUUUGUGAAGUUUAUGCAUGAUCAAAUAAUGCAACGAUACAGAGAACAGCCUGCUAGUUAUGUUUCAUGA